AUGAUCUUAAGCAUUUUUGAUUACAAAGAUUUUGUUAAAAAUAAUCGAUCAUUAGCACCUUACCAAGCACCGGUACCAGUAUACCAAGCUCCUACGACACCUGAUGUUGUAUCUCAAUUAGCAAAAUUGGUUUUAAUUAUGAUGAAAUAUGAAUCACUCAUUACCUUAUUCAAUAAAAAUGCAACAACCGGAUGUGAUGAUGGUGGUGGAAGUGAUAUACGUUCUUUUAAAAUGAAAUCUCAAAGAAAACAAAUUGUUCGUGGAAGCUUAACGUUCGUUUUAGACCUAAAAAAAUUGUAUGGCAAUAAGUGA